AUGCUAUCGACAAACCUCCGUCGAGCUACCGUUGCGCUUUUAGCUUCAACCCGCUUAGUUCUUUGCUCUACCAGCAGCGAACAUGAACAAUUCAAGGACGUAACAUGGGAUGACCAGAAUUGGGUUAUAGCGACACAUGCCCUGGAUCAAGGCCACUACCAAUCCCGCCUAACGCUUGCGAACGGCUACUUUGGCAUCAAUGUAGCAUCUGCAGGACCUUUUUUCGAAGUGGAUGAGCCAGUGGACGGCGACGUUAUAAGUGGGUGGCCGCUGUUCAGCAGACGACAAGCUUUCUCGACCAUCGCAGGCUUCUGGAAUAGUCAGCCACGAACAAACGGAACGAACUACCCUUGGCUGUAUCAGUAUGGGUGGGAGAGCUUUACUGCUGGCAUCCCACAUGCUAGUGGUAUCGUUGUAGAGGCUAACGGCGAAUUUCUGAAUGCAUCAGUCAACCCCGGUCACAUUUCGGAUUUCGUAUCGAGUCUAGAUGUAAAAGCUGGAAUUGCAAGCUGGCGAUACAAUUGGCGGCCUGGGGGUUCCGGAGAUGGGACAGUUGAUGUGGACUAUCAGAUGUUCGUGCACAAGCUUUAUGUCAAUAAAGCAGCAGUCAGGCUGAGGCUUACUGCGACACGCGACCUCAAUGUGACGGUGUACGACGUGCUUGACGGUGACUGCGCGGUUCGCUCGGACUUUGUUGAGAAGAAGUUCGAAGAAGAUACGCCUACAAUAUGGUCCGCUGUCAGCCCGGGAAACAUCACCGACGUAAAGGCUUAUGUAUACUCGACUCUAAGUGGUAGCGACUGGGUCAACCUUACAGCUCGCACUGAAGUAGCUGGGGGCAUCUUUAGUGGCGGUAAUGGCUCAACCAUUGCGCAGUCUCUCCCGGUCGAGCUGGUCGCCUUUCGUCCCACCGAAGUCACCAAGUUCAUCGGAGUCGCAUCCACAGACGCUUUCCCAGACCCACAGAGUGUAGCACGCGAUGCUUCGCUAUCUGGUGCCGAAGAGGGUUACUACAAGCUGUUGCAUUCUCACAUUGAAGAGUGGGAGUCCAUACUAACACCAGACUCGGUCGAUGAUUACCACCUACCGAACGGAUCUCUCCCAGAGGAUCCAGACGUACGAACACUGCAUAUCAUGGCACGAACCAACCCAUUCUACCUGUUAUCGAAUAUGGUCGGACCUAAUGCUGUGGCUGCAGCCAACAACAAUACAAAGCUGGACAUCUACAGUAUUCCCGUUUGUGGGUUGGGCUCAGACUGCUAUGGUGGUAUGAUAUUCUGGGAUGCAGAUGUAUGGAUGGCCCCGGGAGUCCAAGUGUCGCAUCCGCAACACGCUCAAAAUGUCAUUAAGUACCGCGUAGAGCACUUCGAUCAAGCGCAACGCAACGUCGACACUGCGUACCAAUCGAGCAAGAACCAGACAGGUAGAUUUACACCUGGAGGGGCUGUAUAUCCUUGGACGAGCGGGCGAUUUGGCAACUGCACAGGGACUGGCGCGUGCUUCGACUAUGAGUACCAUCUGAACGGCGACAUUAGCCUUGCACUCAACAAUCACUUAAUCAUCACCGGAGAUGGAGAAUACUUCAACGACACCCUCCUUCCCAUUUCGAAUGCCAUUGCGCAUUUCUUUGGCCAAUUGCUGGACUUUAACGAAACAUCUGGCGCAUACGAGCUCUGGAAUGCUACGGACCCGGACGAAUACGCCAACCAGGUCAACAACAUUGCUUUUACCACUGCACUCAUGCAACGUCAUUUCCUCGAGACGAACGAGUUCAACAGCUGGUUUGGACGCAGCCCUAAUGCUAGCUGGGCAGACAAGGCAUCCAAUAUGCAAAUUCCAAUCAACGAGAAUGCUGGCAUCAUUGUUGAGUACACUGGAAUGAAUGGGUCAGUAGCGGUUAAGCAAGCUGACGUUGUUCUGGUCGACGACCUACUACAUUACCCCAAUCCAUACAGCUUAGCCAACCUGGACUACUACGCGGCGAAGCAGUCUCUCGAUGGCCCUGCCAUGACAUACUCUUCUUUUGCCGUCGUCGCAAACGAAGUCUCGCCAUCCGGCUGCUCGAGCUUUACCUACGACGUUUACUCGUCCUCGCCAUACGUCCGCGCACCAUGGUACCAAUACUCUGAACAACUUAUCGACAACGUCGACGAAAACGGAGGAACGCACCCAGCCUUUCCAUUUUUGACCGGUAUGGGAGGAACUAAUCGCGUUGGUAUCUUCGGAUAUCUCGGUCUCGGUUUGUACUACGACAGGCUGGAUGUCGACCCCACGCUGCCGCCGCAGAUCCCAUAUCUGAACUACCGUACCUUCUACUGGAUGGGACAUGGUAUCAACGCUACUUCCAACUCGACGCACACGACUUUGACACGUCUGCCACGGGACAAUUAUACCCUGCCCUCGGCGAACGCGACAUACUUUGACAAGCCCAUCCCCGUUACGAUCGGUACCCGCAGUAACCGCGACAACACAACGUACGAACUCGGCGAUGAGCCACUCAUAGUCCGCAACCGACCAAUGGGUGAAAUACUCACAGUCGGCGGUAACAUCCUCCAAUGCAAAGCUCUGCUCCCAUCAUCCCAGGGCAACAAACCUGGCCAGUUCCCUAUCGCGGCUAUCGACGGCGCUGCAAGCACGAAAUGGCAACCCGAACUUGCAAACAUCACCAGCUACUUGACCGUAGAUCUCGGCGAUUCAUCUUUUUACCCCAUCAACAAGGUCGUAAUGGAUUGGGGCAACCAGCCACCCUCACACUUCGAAGUUUACUUCUCCAACACCACAUUCCCUCCAUUCGAAAGCCAACCCAACUCAGAGCUCGAUGAAGAUGUGAGGAAGGUAACAGCAGGAGAGGUCAAAAUAAGUGCGCCUUGGGAUCCAGUCACUGCGUACGAGAUCAAGACGUAUAUUGGGAAUCAGACGAACGUUACUCUUGAGCAAAGCGUUUGGAGCGGACGGUAUGCACAUUUGGGUAUUAGUGGGAAUUUAUUUGCUGAGAAUGCUACCGAUGGGGGGACGGUCGCGGAGUGGAGUUUGGUUAGGGAGGGUUACUGA